AUGAAUUUCACUGGAAGCAAAAGUACUGAACCAAUACGGGGUAUCAUUCCUCCCAAUUCAGGCAGGAUUCUGGGUGAACCGAGACCCAAGAUGCGAAGGUUGCAUGAUGUGUAUAAAGGGCUUGGUGAUUCAGUUUCCAGUGAUGAGGAGAGUGAAUUUUCAGAUACUAUGACUUUAAACACAGUGGUUAGAAAAAUUAGGGCUAAACGUCGAAAAGCAAGAAUUCUUAAAGGCAAAAUGAAGGAACCUGUGAUGAGUGAUUUCAGUUCAGAAUCUGAUAAUGAUUCAGAUGAACAUGUGCCACCUGCUGCUGGGUCUGGUGUACCCCCGGAUAUUGAAUAUAAAUAUGAGAUUUCUGAGGAGGUUGUGUCUGGAGUCCCUGUUAAUCAAGAAACACAGUUGCCAGACUUGAACAAGACUCCCACUCCACCUGUUGAUGAACCAAAUUACCCGGCGCAUCAAGUGUGUCCAGAUUACGGAUACGGGUAUGAAUCUCCGUACGUGCAACAAAGUGGAUACGGUGUUGAGAAUGCACUUGCUGAUGAACCAUAUUACCCGUCGCAGCAAUCGUAUCCGGGUUAUGGGGUAUACGGGGAUGAAGGUGGAUACGGAAGUUACAGUGGAUACGGUGGUGAUGGUGGAUACGGGGGUGAAGGUGGUUACAGUGGAUAUGGGGGCUACGGUGGAUACGAUAGAUAUGGGGGUGACGGUGGUUACAGUGGAUACGGGGGUGAAGGUGGUUACAGUGUAUACGAUAGAUCUAGGGAUGAAGUUGGAUACGGUGGAUACGAAGAACAUGGUGGAUAUGGUUAUGAGUCCCGUAACACAUCACUUUAUGAACCAUCUACCCCGGGCAAUCCAUUUCAAGUAAAUGAGCGUUUCAUGUCUCUAACUGAUUUGAAGAAUUGGGUACAAGAAACGGGAAAGGAUAAUGGUUACGUAAUUGUUACCCGCCGAUCAAAAAAUAUUGGCGGUACUACUGGGAUGGUAUGGCUUGUGUGCGACCGUAGUGGUGAACACCGUAGUAAAGCAACAGUUAGGAAAGCUGGUAGCAAAAAAAUCGGCUGCCCAUUUUCAUUACUCGCCAUCCGGGACGUGACGAACGACACGUGGGAGUUAAAAGUGGACUGUGCGAACCAUAACCACGAACCUACGACGAGUCUGUUGGGCCACGCUUUUGUGCGAAGAUUUACUAAAGCCGAAUACAAGCUAGUGGAGCAGCUAACUGCUCAAAACAUGGAGCCACGUAUCAUAUUUCAAACCCUAAGAAAGCAGUUCCCCGACAGCCUGCACGUUCAGAAAGACGUGCAAAAUGCGGUACAAAAAAUUAGAGCGACAAUAAUGGACGGAAAGAAUCCUAUUCAGGCACUGGAAAGCCUGCUGCAUGACCGCCGAUUCAUUUACGACACCCGACAAGAUCCCAAAACAGAUGUCGUAACAGAGAUUUUCUUUGUUCAUCCUUAUUCAAUCACUAUGUGGCGUGCAUUCCCGCACGUGAUGUUGAUCGACGCGACCUACAAAACAAACCUCUACAACAUGCCAUUUGUCCAGGUUGUGGGUAUGACGUCGACUGGGAAGUCUUUUUGUAUCGCACAUGCCGUUAUUUGUAAAGAACGAAGGGGUAACUACGUGUGGGUGCUUGAGCGGAUCAAGUCAAUAUUGCAUGAAUGUAUGAUGCCGCGUGUGAUAGUCACGGAUAGGGAGCUUGCCCUAAUAAACGCGUGUUCUAAAGUAUUCCCGAACGCAAAAAGGCUUCUAUGCCACUUUCACAUCCAACAAAAUAUAGCUAGAAAGUGCAAGUCAGGGUUCGAUAAAGAAGAUUGGGGGAAAUUUAUGUCGUACUGGCGGACAUUGUGCGAAUCUUCAUCAGAGGCUAUGUACAAGUACAACUUGGAGAAAAUGUAUAACCGACUCGUGGUUGCCAACCGAGAAAGUGUCUAUGAUUACGUCUACGAAAACUGGCUCAAAGACUAUAAAGAAAUGUUCGUUUAUGCGUGGACCGAUAAGUGUCGCAACUUUGGUCAGCGCACCACCAACAGAGUUGAGAGCCAGCACGCAAAUUUAAAAAGAUACAUUACGUGCGGGAGUUCAUUGGAGCGAAUAGCAAGAUGCAUCAUUGAUAUAGUUGAAACUCAGUACGAUGAAAUACAAAAAAGUUUCACUGAGAGCAUCGAAAAAACGAUGAACCACCACAGACACCGAAUGUUGGACAACCUACGUGGAAAGGUUUCCCAUGAAGCACUUGAUUUGCUGGAAAAAGAGCUACUGAGGAAGAUGGAUGUGUUGUGGAAACUUAACGCAUCAUGUGGUUGCCAUAUGUGGCUUAGCAAAGGAUUGCCGUGUGCUUGUAGGCUGGAAAACUACACACGUACAGGGCGUAUAAUACAACUCGACGAGAUAGAUGUAUUCUGGCGUAAGCUUGACUUGCUCCCUUGUAAACUGGUAGACGAGGAGGUCGAUAUUGUAGCAGAGCUCAAUAAUGUGCGGCAACAUUUAGAGGCGCAGUCCCCCGUUCAGCAAAAGAGUAUGCUUUCAAAGAUAAAAGCGGUUUUCACCCCGAAAUCGUCAACCAAGAAACCACCGAUCGUCCAGCAAAACACUCGCGGUCGGCCUACAUCAAAGAAAGUACAAGAAAGGCUAGAUGAAGCUGCGAGGUUAGACCAAGCUGCGAGAUACAGCUCCUGUGGCGAGGACAGCAACGUAAUUACCGCUUCCCCCAAGCAUAGGUACGAUUUACCCCGACACAGCUCAUACGUACCGUCAGAGGGCUCUCGUGGAACUGGUUCGUUUGUGAAGUCUGAAAAACCUAAAAUGCAACCAAACAGUUCAACAAGUUAUAAAAAGAAGGAGACGAGGGAUGAUAAGGUUUUUCCAUUAAUAAAGGGGGACGAGCACUUGUUAUGCAUUAAGAGGUUUAAGAAUCAAAUUCCAUCAAAGUUUCGCUCUUACAUAUCGCGUAUACAAGAUGUGACCCCAGACGGUCAUUGUGGGUACAGGUCUGUGGCUGUCGGGUUAGGUUUUACGGAACACGCAUGGCCCAAUAUUCGAAGAGAUUUACUACUGGAGAUUGACCAUAACAAACCGCGUUGGAAGCAUGUAUUCGAAACAUAUAACGAAGGAGACUUUAAACGAAUACGUAAGAGCAUCGAAUGGCAUUCAGUGAAAGGGUGCGAUCAAAGUCACUGGAUGGAAAUGCCCCAGGUAGGGCUUCUCAUAGCGCAAAGGUAUAAUAUUGUCCUCCACGUGCUAAGCAUUGAAUGGAGCUCUACCAUCUUCCCAUUAACGGAUGCCCCACUAGAUCCACGACCUCAAGCGAUAACGCUUAUACAUGUUCACGGGGGACACUUCAUACAUGCUAAGUUGGAAGGAGACUACCCCAUGCCUUUAGUGAACCCGCUGUGGUCGGCACAUCGAUCAAUAGCUGCGAAACGGUGGGAAGAAAUGUAUACACCGCGGUUAGAGCACUACUACGAGUUAAUGCAUCCUAAAUCAGACCGAGACAAAAACAGAGAACCGAGUUUAAAUCCGUUUGGGGCUGCGUUUGCAGCCGUAAACCGGCGUUUAAACGGCUGCAAACACAGCCCCAAAGGGCAGCGAUUUCGCAGCCGUUUGGGGCUGCGUUUGCAGCCCUUUAAACGCCCGGUUACGGCUGCAAAUGCUGCCGCAGACGGCAGCGAAAACGCAGCCGUGUGCGGCUGCGUUUGCAGCCGUUUAAACGCUCGUUUACGACUGCAAACGCAGCCGCAAACGGCAGCGAAAUCGCUGCCGUUUGCGGCUGCGUAUUUGCACAAGAUGAUUUCCACUUCGAUCACUGCUCGAAACAAAAGCCGGGAGUGGUGUACGAGUGGUGACUUAUUCUUUUUGUAUUGCCUCUUAUACAAGAGGUCGUGCGCUCUCGCCUACGGGUUGGCGCAGUAUUUCGCCUCCGCGCAUCAUCGACAGGAGCGCGGAAUGCUAUUCGGCGGCGCUUACGUGACCAAGAUAGCCCAUUCGUUGGGCUAUCAUCCGGAGAACGACCGCGGCCGUGUAGGCCCGGCGGCACAGCCAAAGCGGAUGGGGAUGAACACAAUAAACGGGAUGCAUAUUACCAAAGACUUUCCAUGCGGGAAGCGGUUAAAGAAUCUGGAUGGCACGCAAUACCAGCUUAAGGAACUGCCAGAAGAGUUCCCUCUGAUUUAUCCCCCGCGGGAUCCGGAGCCGCCGGAGCCGCAUGAGCCGGCCGCCGUUCUUCCGCGGCCACCACAGCCGCGUGGACCACCCGGGGCGCCCCAGUUCCCACGCCAUGUUAUGCCCGGUCCUGACCCGUCACAUGAGCGGCUGCUUCGAAACGUUGAGAGAAACAAUUAUUUGUUAGAGUGGGUGGCUGCGGCGCUGCAGCAGCAGCGACAGCAUGACGGGUUACCUCCACUACCCUUCAUUGCGGAUGCGGACUGGGAUCAGCAUCAGCGGCAGCAGCAGCAGCAUCAGGAGCAGCAGCAGCAGCAUCAGGAGCAGCAGCAGUAG